AUGUCGCUCGAUACUCUCAGGUCUAUUCCUCUGCCUACCCUCGACCGUCCUUUCGGUGUUAGGCUAUGGCCCAUCUUCGACAAGGCUUACUCCGCCAUCUUUGGCUAUUCUCCGAUCGACUUCGAAUUUGUGCCUGAAAAGACCCCCAUGUCCACGUUCAAAGAGACAGCCAUUGCCUUGGUCUCAUACUAUGUCAUUAUAUUCGGCGGACGAGAAGUGAUGAAACACCGCCAGGCAUUCGUUUUCAAUGGUCCUUUCAUGGUUCACAAUUUCUACUUGACUGCUAUCAGUGGUAUUCUGUUGGCCCUCUUCCUGGAACAACUUAUCCCCACGGUCGUUAGACACGGCGUUUUCCAUGCCAUUUGCAGCUACAAUGGAGGUUGGACGAAACAGUUGCUGAUGCUGUACUACAUGAACUACUUGACCAAAUACCUUGAACUCAUUGACACUCUGUUCCUAGUCCUCAAGAAGAAGCCUCUGACCUUCCUUCACACCUACCAUCAUGGCGCAACUGCCCUUCUGUGCUAUACUCAACUUGUUGGCCACACUGCCGUUUCGUGGGUCCCCAUUACGUUGAACUUGACUGUGCACGUGGUCAUGUACUGGUAUUACUUCCAAUCUGCUCGUGGCAUUCGCAUUUGGUGGAAGAAAUACAUCACCAUGCUCCAAAUCAUUCAGUUCAUCAUUGACUUGGGCUUUGUUUACUUCGCCUCUUACACCUAUUUUACUAGCACCUAUUGGCCAUGGUUGCCAAACGCCGGUACUUGUGCUGGAGAGGAAUUUGCUGCUUUCGCCGGCAUGGCUAUUCUCAGCUCUUACCUCCUACUCUUCAUCUCGUUCUACUUUGCCACCUACAGGAAGCAGACAAUUUCCGGAAGACCUAGGAGGAACACUGGAAGGGAGGCUCUUAUCGCCAUGAAGGAUCUCCCUCUUCCCGACCCACACAAGCUUCCCUCCACCUUUGAUGUGGAAAAGAAGAGCAAUGGUGCCGUCACCACUGGACGAGCAAAUGGACCAACCACCAGAUCGCGAAAGGCUUAG